UCUUUCACUUCUGACUUCCUCUUUGGUUAUGGCUGCCCGGGAGCUCCCUAGUUUUGAGAUAGUUUUGAGAUCUUUGAAUUCAGACGUACCCACUUAUGUUACAUUUGUAAACCAAUGUGGAUAUGACGCGAGAGCAUGGUGGCUUAAUUUCACUGGAAAUCCUGUGUCUUACGGAGAUAUAAAACCUCGUACACGAAUGCGCAUGAAAACCUAUCGGAGCCAUCCAUGGGUGUUUCGUGCGUCAGAAAAUGGUGCCAAGCUGCUUGCAAACAUGAAAGAAAUAUAUUUUCCUGAACUGAACGAUAUCCAAGAUGGGUAUCCUGUGUACCUGGAGGUAAAGAUCACUUCUCCAGUUUACUCUUUACAGGAUUACUGUAUAAUGCUGGUGCAAAAACUAGUGAAGAAGAAAGACUUUGAUAAACUGGACAUUCCUCAGUCGCUGAAGAAAGACCUUAAAGAGUUUCCCAAUUUACAAAAGGAGCUGCGAGACCUCAACAGAGUCCUUCAUGCAAUUAACUAAAUAGAACAUCUGUGUAUGUUUAUUUUGAGUUACUAUAUAACAUUAACUCAUAUUCCUGUAAUGUCAUUUGAGGCCUCAUGGGUAUUUGCUUGGACAAACCAGUUUUCUGAUAUUUCCACAACCACAGAAUGUCUUUCUCAAGGGACCAUGAGUAUCUAAAUGUUAGAUAUUGAGAAUGUUUACAUAGAAGAUUUUAAAGGUGUCAUGUUUUGUUAAAUUUAUAUUUCACUGGUGUAACAGAUAUUUACAAAUAUUCGUGUCUACAAAUAAAAAUGGUGAUGCACGCAUUAACCUCUUCAGUGAAGAAA